AUGCCGUCGUACUCGCGCCCUCGCCAGCCGCCGGCCUCGCGAGGUUCCAAACUCGGCUACUACCGUGCCUCGAUCGCCUGCGUGGGCUGCCGCAAGAGCAAGACGCGGUGUCUGCUGACGCCGAAGAGAGAGCAGGAUAGCUGUCUGAACUGCCGGCGCAAGAAUCAACCCUGCGCUUUCCUGACGGUGGAUAAGAAGCCGCCGGACUGGCUCUGGUCGAAGCGGCGAAGGCAGGCCACAGGGUCAGAGUCAGAGUCACAGUCACAGUCGAACUCCUCGCAGCUGUCGGUAUCUGUGUCACCCACCCACUCGGACAUGAACCAGGACUGUGCUUGGGGCGACAAUACCGAGACGCCGGUCCUUCAAUCGAACCAGCAGCCAAACUCGGCCUGGGAUGUGGAUGUGGAUUUCCGGUCGUUCUCGUUCGAGACGCUACUCCCUGCAAAUCUGGAGGGUCACGUCGACCCCGACGGCUGCAUCAGUGGGAAUGCAGAGUGGUUCGUCUCGCCCGAACCCAUGGGCAUGCUGCCCGGUGCCGACCUCCCUUGUCCACAGUAUUCAUAUUCGAGCCCGAGCCUGGACCCGGGUUUGGAAUGGGACGUCAAUACUAUGCCGCUGGGAGAUCCGAACUGGUAUAACCAAUAUCUGCUCCAGAAUGGCCAACUUCAUCCGCCGUUUGACCCUGCUGCCGUACCUCUGUCGACCCCAUACGAUCAUCAUGGACACCACUCUCAAGUCACCAGUGAAGGUACAUGAGCUAUGAGCCACGAGCUCGGAGCAGAAGCGUACAUGGUACCUGGCUACGGAUAGAACCGGAAAUGUGGAUGCCCGGAAUUGUUUGCCCAGCCGUCGAACCCAUUGUGAUCAACGCC